CUAUAAAUAAGAAUGGUGAAUUCUACGUAGCAUAUUCAUAUACAUCUUUUGUUUUUUCCCUAACGAAUAAAAAAAGUGGCAGAGAGGCAGGGAAGAGUCAAUGGGGAGAGACGAAACAUCUGAAACUGAAAAUUGAAUUUUAGACUACAAAGAACUAAUUAAUAUAUAAGCAAACCCCAACAGGUUAAAUCUCUUUCUAAAUAUUCAUACUAUAAAGGAUCAACUACAAUGCUGAAUGGAAUCAGAACACUAAGAAACAGAGAUGAAGAUAAAUCCCAACGUUUUCAGUAGAGUGAAAUCGAAACUCAUAUUUCCGCGAAUCCAGGCACAAAGAGAACGUGUUCGGAUUGAGAAGGGAGACUCACUGAAGCCAUUUUCGACGAGGUAAUUGAAGGCGUGUGACCGUCGCAAUUGUAUGUGAGUGAACUUGUUUGUUAUCUGAAGAAGGAAGCUUCUGGUUCUGGAGGCACUAUGCACUGUGCAGUGACGGAAGUGAGAAUCACCAAAUUUUCACUUGGUCACUUAAUUUUAGUUUUUAACGCAAUAUUUCCUCAAAUGAUAUGGAAUAUUGUGGAUAGUUUUUCUAUCUUCCAUUACGUGUAAAAAACUUUGCUAGCUUGCUUUCGUGUCCAGUUUUGUUUCUUAGGUAAAUAACAUUUUGAUUGUGAUUUCAUAAAUAAUAAUUCAGCCUAUUUUUUUGGCGUUAUUUUCAAAACUUUUAUUUCCUCACGUCACAAAGAUCUUAACCAAGGAAGAUUCCUAUUCCGUUAGCUGAUGGUGCAGCAGUUUGGUGUGUAACACAUGUAGGGGUCAAUAUCAGUUGGACAUUUGUGGUAGGAUCUUGACUCACCAAUAUAAGCUUGGUGUGUAACACAUGUUGGGGUCAAUAUCACCCUCAUUAUUCUUCUUGUGAUUUUGAACAUAAUGUAUAAUUUCAAAGUGAUGUGAUUCCAGUCCAAAAUAUACAUUAGAAAAGUCAUCUAACGUCGAUUUCACUUCAAUGACGACUUCACUUAGCUCUCACUGCUUCCACUAUGCAAAACCACAUUCUAUCUUUAUUUAUACCAAUCUUCUCUCUCACAUUUCUUAUAUCAAAAUCCAUUCUUUCUUUCAAAGCUGUUUUCAUCAUGUCUGAAUUGCUUUUCAGUUUGAAUUUUCUCUUGCUACUCUUACUAUCUUGUGUCUCUCCUUCAAGCUUCUUCACUUUUAAUAACCCUGUUGUUGGUCUUGGUGCUUGUGGUCCCCACCAGAUUCAAGCCUUUACGCAGUUCAAGAACGAGUUUGAUACUCGUGCUUGCAACCAUAGUGACCCUUGGAAUGGAGUGUGGUGCGAUGACUCCACGGGUGCGGUCACGAUGCUACAACUCAGGGCAUGUCUUAGCGGAACUCUGAAACCUAACAGUAGCCUUUUCCAGUUUCAUCAUCUCCGUUCCCUUCUUCUCCCUCAUAACAACUUCACCUCCUCUUCAAUUUCUUCCAAGUUUGGAAUGCUCAACAACUUAGAGGUAUUGUCUCUUUCAAGUAGUGGCUUCCUCGCCCAAGUUCCUUUUUCAUUUAGUAACCUAAGCAUGCUUUCCGCCUUAGUCCUUUCCAAUAAUGACCUCACUGGUAGUUUAUCAUUUGCGCGGAAUCUACGCAAGCUCAGAGUUUUAGAUGUUUCUUAUAAUCACUUCUCUGGAAUUUUGAAUCCCAAUAGUAGCCUCUUUGAGUUGCACCACAUCAUUUACCUUAAUCUCCGUUACAACAACUUCACCUCCUCUUCACUCCCUUAUGAAUUUGGCAAUCUCAACAAACUAGAGGUCUUGGAUGUUUCCUCUAAUAGCUUCUUCGGUCAAGUUCCUCCCACUAUUAGUAACCUAACCCAGUUAACCGAGUUGUACCUUCCCUUGAACCACUUCACUGGUAGUCUUCCGCUUGUACAAAAUCUAACCAAGCUCUCCAUUCUACAUCUUUUUGGUAAUCACUUCUCUGGAACAAUCCCUUCUUCUCUCUUCACUAUGCCUUUCUUAUCCUAUCUUUCAUUAAAAGGAAACAAUCUCAACGGUUCAAUUGAAGUUCCUAACUCAUCUUCGUCAUCAAGGCUAGAGAGUUUGCACCUAGGUGAAAACCAUUUCGAAGGAAAAAUCCUAGAGCCUAUCUCAAAGCUCAUCAACCUCAAAGAGCUCGACCUUUCUUUCCUAAACACAAGCUACCCAAUUGACUUAAGUCUCUUCUCCUCUCUCAAAUCUUUGUUGCUCCUCGAUCUUUCCGGUGAUUGGAUAUCAAAGGCUAGUUUAACUUUGGAUUCAUACAUUCCAUCUACCCUGGAAGUGUUGCGUUUGGAGCAUUGCGACAUCAGUGAUUUCCCUAACGUCUUCAAGACCCUUCAUAAUUUGGAGUAUAUUGCCUUAUCCAACAAUAGAAUCAGUGGGAAAUUUCCAGAGUGGUUAUGGAGCCUUCCUCGUCUGAGCUCAGUGUUCAUUACAGAUAAUUUGUUAACUGGCUUUGAAGGGUCAUCAGAAGUUUUAGUAAAUUCAUCAGUGCAGAUCUUAAGUUUGGAUACAAACAGUUUAGAAGGGGCACUCCCGCAUCUACCGCUCUCUAUCAACUAUUUCUCUGCAAUAGACAAUAGAUUCGGAGGCGACAUACCUCUUUCAAUCUGUAAUAGAAGCUCGCUUGAUGUUCUUGAUCUAAGCUACAACAACUUCACCGGACCAAUUCCUCCAUGUCUGAGUAACUUAUUGUAUUUGAAACUCCGAAAGAACAACUUGGAAGGAAGUAUUCCUGACAAGUAUUAUGAGGAUACGCCUCUACGGUCACUCGACGUUGGCUACAAUCGAUUAACAGGGAAGCUGCCAAGGUCUCUUAUAAAUUGCUCAGCUCUACAGUUUCUAAGUGUGGACCACAACGGAAUCAAAGAUACAUUUCCUUUCUCCCUCAAGGCUUUACCGAAAUUGCAAGUCCUUCUCCUCAGUUCAAACAAAUUCUAUGGUCCUCUAUCUCCUCCUAAUGAAGGUCCUCUGGGUUUUCCUGAGCUGCGGAUACUGGAGAUAGCUGGUAACAAACUAACCGGAAGCUUCUUGUCCUCAGACUUUUUUGUGAAUUGGAAAGCAUCAUCACACACGAUGAAUGAAGAUCUGGGUCUAUAUAUGGUAUAUGGCAAGGUUAUUUUCGGGAACUAUCACCUCACCUAUUAUGAAACUAUAGAUUUACGAUAUAAAGGUCUAUCUAUGGAGCAAAGGAACGUCCUUACUUCCUCAGCCACCAUUGAUUUUUCAGGAAACAGACUUGAAGGAGAAAUUCCUGAAUCUAUUGGUCUCUUAAAGGCACUGAUCGCACUCAACUUAUCGAACAACGCCUUCACAGGCCAUAUUCCUCUUUCUUUCGCCAAUCUUAAGAAGAUGGAGUCACUAGACCUAUCAAGUAACCAACUCUCAGGGACUAUUCCUAAUGGCCUAAGGACCCUCUCGUUUUUGGCAUACGUGAACGUGUCUCACAACCAACUCAUUGGUGAAAUACCACAAGGAACACAAAUAACUGGGCAACCUAAAUCGUCAUUUGAAGGAAAUGCAGGGCUUUGCGGUUUUCCUCUUCAAGAAAGUUGCUUCGGGACUAACACACCACCAGCACAACAUCCUAAAGAACAAGAAGAAGAGGAAGAAGAUGAGCAAGUGUUAAACUGGAAAGCAGUGGCAAUAGGGUACGGAAUUGGAGUGUUACUUGGAUUGGCAAUAGCACAACUCAUUUCUUUAUAUAAACCGAAGUGGCUAGCUUCUCUGGUAAUUAAGAGCAGAAACUGUUAAGAUCUUUUUUGGUUUUGAGUUUGACCCUUCAAUGUUUGUCAAGUUGUUGUUGGUAUUGUAUUGUAAGCAUUUCUUUACCUUUCUUCUAUCUUUAUCUAUAAACUGAUGCUUUUGUGUCUAUUUUGUUUUCUAUAAAUAAGAAUGGUGAAUUCUUCGU